CUGAGGGCGCGCGGUGCGCGCUUCCGCCCGUGGCAGCGGCCGGAAGGUGAUGUGGCGGAGCGCGGCGCGAUGUCUGCCAUCUUCAACUUCCAGAGUCUGCUGACUGUGAUCCUGCUGCUCAUAUGUACCUGUGCCUACAUCAGAUCCUUGGCUCCCAGCUUACUGGACAAAAAUAAAUCCGGACUGUUGGGGAUAUUCUGGAAAUGCGCCAGGAUUGGUGAGCGGAAGAGCCCCUACGUGGCCGUGUGCUGUGUGGUGAUGGCCUUCAGCAUCCUGUUCAUGCAGUAGCAGCUGGAGAGUGUCCCCAGGUUCCCAACAGCAGAUCCUGUGUCAAGAAAGGAUGGGAAGCCUCAGCAAGUCUCCUCUCACACGAAGCUCUCUCCUGGUGGACACCCCUGCAGAUGGACCAGCAUUAGUGAUCGUAACCCAGAUGAGAUGUGCUUGUUAAACCAGGUCAGCACUGACACUCCUGCUGUAACUCCUGGAAGGGUGUCUGGUGUGUGUCUGAGCUUCAGGGGAGCUCUUUUUGGGUUUUUUUUUAAACAUCAUGCAGUUGAAAAGGCUUGCUGUUUCUUAUUCUUUAAAAUUUCUUGUCCAGUAGACCUGUUGAAUGAAACGUUGAAAUGGUAAAUUAGCCACAGCAAUAAGACCACCCUUUGAAGAAUAAAGAGUGUUUUGACUCUAGGGGAUGUUUAUCAAAGUAUUUUUAGUUCUUGCUGCCUAAACAAUUUCUCUUGAUUUGUAAGUGAUGGCACCACUCCCAUCCUAAAAAUAUUACCUCUGACCUAAGUUACACUCAGCUAUUUGUCUCUAAACUUGUAAUUUCUCAAAUAAACUCUCAAUAUUUUUGUUGUUAAGAUGUGAAAUAAAGGCAGGGACCAUAAUUGUCGUGAUGUCUGAUUAGCUGCUGAGAAGGCAGAGAUGGGGGAUCUGAGACAUCUGGAUUGUUCUCUGUAAAAAACCACAUCUACUCAUUUUUAGAGGUUCCAGAAUGUUGAGAAAA